UGCGCACAGUUGCCUCUAAAUUAGCGCGAGGCUGGACACCUUUAUGGCUUCAAGUGUUUGCUUGUCCUUGUUGUCUAACUGUUUCCAUGGCUACUGCCAGACAGAUCCUAUUAGAGAGAAGCCUACCCAAAGUUCUUUCAUCCACUGUGGCCAAGUAGCCAUUAUUCACGCCGCCAGAGAAUCACCUAGGUAGGUUGCAAGUAUGUCGCAAUCAUAUUCUCCGUCAAAAUGUAGCAGUCCUAGUAAUAGAAGAAGUAACAGUAGUUACAGCAGCAGUAGCAGAAGCAGUAGUAGUAGUAGUAGCAGCAACAACAGCAGCAAAAGUUGUACUCCCAGGACUGACACCAGCAUUGAAAGCAAGAGUUCCAGAAGUUGCACAAAUAAAGCGUUUCGCACACCCCGUGAGUCUGCUUCAGCUAACUCCAAAGAAUCGACCUGUGAUUCUGAAAGCACAAAAGUUACAAUGACAGAUCCUAGUCCUACCGAAGACAUGAGUAGGCCAGACACAAGGCCGCCGCCCACCAGGUAUAAAUCGUCCCAGCAGCUCAUCAAGGAGAGGCUGGGGAGACUUAAGGAAGAGAUAUACAAGGCCUCAACACAGCACCUGCACCAGCGCCCACAGAGGAAACCUUAUCAUCCGUUUGUCUGGAACAGCUUGGGCCCAUACAGAGGAACGCAUGAGAUUGACUAUCUUAUCACCAUGAGUUCAUGGGAUGAUCCAGAGGGCAAGCCACGAAAAACAGGCAUGGUGUCUUAAAAUGUAUAGUAUACAUAUGAUCAACACAAGAAAUACAUCCACAUUUCUAUUCAUGAGUUAACUUUGCUACUGGGAAGAAAGUAAUGAAAUGGGCAUGUUCUUAUAAAUCCUGAGAAUAAUUUAGGGAAAUAACUUGAAUUAAAUACAAGUUCAGAUUGAUUAUGUUAUAACAUAAAUGUGUAGCUCUACUACCUAUAACGUGUGAUUUUAAGCUAUUUGAACAAAUUAUAAUAGUUCUAAGAUAUCUACCAUGAGAUUUCAUCAAGCUGGGUCAUAAUAAAUAGUGUUAUCACUGAUAGUUCAAACCGAGACAAAACCGUUCUCAGACGCUUCAGUGAAUUAUAAUUUACUUUUAUCCUUAAGUAUACACAUACUUGGUAAUCUUUUAUUUUUCCAUGUUUAUUAAUUGUGUAUUAUUUCUCUUCACUUCCUCAAACUUGUUUUUACUUUUGUUUUUGCCAAGCACAUUUUUGGUCUUUUUGUAUGACAUGCCAUGAUGCAGUAUGAAAAUAAA